GUAGUCUGUAAAAUGUGUCACCGCCAAACGCCAUGAUGCCCAAAUGCAAAUACUCAUGUCAUUUCUUGAAUGAAAACCUUUGUCCAAUUCUUUCUUUUUUAAUUAAUAAAUAUUAAAUACUGUAAAAAUAAUGGUAUGUAAGCACGAAAUUCAAUCACGCCUGCAGCAAUAUUGUUUGGAAAGUUGAAUGUAUUUUUAGUUAGGAAAUAAUUCGUUUUCAAUCAUAUAUUAAAAGUAUGACAGGGUUAUUUGCAUUCUGCAUAGUCUCUUUAAUCCUUUAUUGUUUUUUUACUCGAGUUGUACCAAGGCUGUUGGCAUGGAUAGUGAAACGUCGUUAUAAAAUUCACUUACGAGUAGGCCAUAUAUCUGUACCUUAUUUUAUCUUCCGUGAUGUCAAUGUAACUAAAAAUGGCUUUACAUUGCAAAUUGAAGAGAUAAGCAUACGCAGCAGUUUACUUAGUAGUGACGUAGCAAAACUCUUGGCUGUCGUUAUGAGGGACGUCAGAAUAAAUAAAGAUAUUCCCGUUAGUCCGACGUGUAAGAUAAAGCAGUCCAAUCAACUAUUAGAUUUUAGAAACAAGAAAAUACCUCCGAUUAUAAUAAAAUGCGUCCAGUUUACAGCUGUACAUGUAGAAAACAUUAGUCUACUGGCUCUCGGCAAUGGUUGGUUGGCUAAUGGGAAUGCAGAAAGCCUAAGCUUGGAUGGCAGUAUUGUACAUGGUGCACGUACGUUAUUAGCAUCCGCCUCUAUUGUUGGUGGAACUAUGAAAUUACUACGACAUGCUUCCGAUGCAUGUCUCUCUCAAAUAACAUUUGCUGGAACAGUAGAAGCCACGUUUAAAGCUAAAGGAGAACUCUCGGUUGAGACAUUAUGUAUCGGAGUGACACAAACUGAAGGAUCUGGCGGCGCAGGUCUCAUUCAGUUCUUGAGAGAUAGAAGUUCGCCAAGUACUACAGCUUGUACAUGCAGCAAUGUGCAUAACAACUCCUCCAAUAACUUAAUGACUAGAAUAGCACCUAUUUUGCCGAAAGAUUUUACAUUGAAAAUCGGCAAUUCGUUGAUAAUAGCUGGUAGAGAGGACAGUAAUAUGGUAGGUUUGGAGGGUACCUUGAGAAGUCUUCAAGUCCAUGCAAAGUUCCAAGCUAACAGGACGCGAUUAAAUUUUACUGUAGGCCUAGACGGUUUGUGCAUCCGCGGAAAACUUCCUAUUUUAACUCUACAUUCGUUGUCGAUCGAUACAAAGAUGGAGGAGAAUAUUUUGUGCGUUGACGUACAAUUGAAUAAUCUUUCAAUGAUGUAUGAUCAUAAGGAUUGGGAAUUAUUGCUAUACAAUAAUGAAAAUAAUAUUUCAAAACCUGUUGGCAACAUAUCGUUGAAAGAUAGAUUACCGAGCCUUGAAAUAACAUUAAAUACCGAGUUGUAUGAUUCUUCAUUGAACAUAAAAUUACCAGAUGUGCAAGAAGCAUCUUGUGGUGUCGCACAUAUGAAAUUUGCCUUGAACUCAUUUACAGACAAAACCAAGAACUUAAAUACAGAAUUGGUCGUCGAAUCUUUAUAUUGUGCAUUGAAUGGCGCCAAUAAUAGCAUCUCUGAAACCUCUCAUCAAUGGGGCAGCCCACUUUCCAUUGGGGUAUUGUUAGCGACAACUCGUAGCAAUGCUAUAGGAAUUGCUGUUGAUGCUCUCGUAACUGAAUGGAGUUUAGAGUUUGCGAAAUUUCUCGAGCAAGCUUACAAGUGCUACAAAAAGUAUCGACAACCAAUGGAGAAAAAGAGGAAUACGAUGUCACACAAUUCUAUUCAAUUGAAUCUUAAAGUAACAAACUGCAAUCUAUUCUUCAUUGCAGAAAACGAGCUAUCUAUAAUGAUGCGCUUGGACGUAGCGAGUGUGGAGCAAAACGCAAAGCGAUUCGUAGGCGUAGCGGAAGGUAUGAGUGCAAUAACUCUUCACAAAAACGAGCCAAUUAUGUGCCAACACGCGCAAGCUUUAACACAUCCCUUUUUGGCAAUACGAAAAUGCAAAGCUGCGAUUAAUUCUGACGCCGUAAACAUUAGUCUGGACGGUACUAAUCUGGCAUGGAGUCCUAAUUUACAUCUUCGCUUGUUACAAUUCUGGGUGGAGUCUGAAGAUUUUAGAUCUAUCCUCAGAAAAGAAAUGAGUAUGACUCGUAUCGAAGAAGUGCAAAGAAAGAAACGCGUUUUGGAUUUACUAGCCACAGGCGGGAUCACCGUCUCUAUAGAUAUUUCUACUAAACAUUUCUUAAUAUUGACAUCCGAUCAGUUGCGUUGGUCACAGGGCGAGUGGAGACUCACCUAUGUUCGAGUUACCCUAGAUAUGGCUGAUGUAAUUAUGAUCGAGGGUUUCGAAUUAAUUAGAAUAGCCGAUAAUGCGGAAGUGCGAGCAGAGAGACAAAGUAACGAUGGUUUCGUAUUGGAUUGGAACGAGUGCUGGGCGCUGAGCAUCGAUUCCAUUAAAAUUAGUUUUCCGUAUGAGCAUCAGUUUACAAACGCGAUACAAAAUGAAUUGCUCAGCAUCAGAAAGUGGCUGAAGGAGAUCCAUUCGUCGAGCAUAUCUAGGCAAGAGUCCCUGCCCUGCGAUUUGAUGAUCAAAAUCAAAGAGUGGACGUUUGAGCUCAGCGAUGAUCCGUUUGAGGUACGUCUGCGCGACAAUUACGAGUUGUUGGAGGACGAGUACAAGGAGAGCUUGAAACGUCAGGCGAUGUUGGAUGCCAAAGUACAGGAACUUUGUCGCGCGCAUCUAUUGCUACCGCAAGGAAAGGUCGAAGAAUUAUACGCGAGCUUAAAUAAGAAAAACGCGGAGAUCUAUGUGCAGAGAUGGAAGCAGAUGCAACGGGCGGGCCCCGCGAGGACUCGAUUGUUCGCCUGGACCAUGUUGGACUUGGAGAUAUUAGCCCUGGCUGAUCCGUCGAUAAACGGUACGGAAAAGGCAGUGAGAGCACUCCGAGAGAUGGAUUCGGAAACACCUUGGCCCGAGGAUGGUCUGGAAUUCAACACCGUGUGGGUUCGCGGUAUUAGCUUGAAAUGCGCCGAGUGGAAGCUGCAACUUCGCGAUUUCCCGCAGCCGCUGCUUUUGGUAGAGAAUCUGAAUGUGUGGGGCAGAUUAGCCGGAGCGGAAGCCUUGGCGCCACCGAGGGCGAAGAGGACCGUCAGAAUUGAAAUCGGCGCGCCAUGGGAAGAUAUAGUAGUGGAGAGAGGAAUGACAUCUCUCAAGUAUUAUCACGAUCUCAAUUGGGACAUUGACACAUUCAGGUACGCGUUCGGUCCAUGCUGGGAGCCGGUGAUAGCGCAGUGUAAUCUCAGCUUCGAGAAGAUCCUUCAUCCGUCGAGGGAUCCGAGCCCGCCGUUGCCGUUCUGGGAUAAAAUGCGACUGGCUCUUCACGGUAGACUGACGCUCUGCGUGAAACAACUGACGGUUCUGCUGCACGGCUCUCUGGAUCCAUACAACACUACGGAAGAGAUGGAGCUGACGUGGACCGGACUGGAGCUCGACUGGACGCAAGGAAAGAUCAUUAUUAAGGGUGAUCUCGACGUGUACGUGCGUACGGCCAGUAAAUACGACGAUUGCCGACUACUACAUUUGCCUAACGUCAGAUUGAGCGUUAAACUGGCAUGGGUAUGCCUGGGCGAUCCGCGUGAUCAUCACGCCGCUAUACCCUGCGCCCCGGAUCGAUUGCCCGAGUACUCUAGCAAUCAGGAGCACGAUUCGUUCAGGGCGUUUCGCUCUCAGAACCUAAACGUCAGCCUGUCAUUGGAGACCAAACCGACCGGCUCGCCUACAUUGGCCAGUGCGCCAACGGCACUGCUCUACGGCAGCACGUUGAGAUGGUUCGAGAAUCUCAAAUUAAUUUUAUCAGGCGCGACGAGACCGACGCGAAAGGGGCCGUUGUUCAAGAACAUUCGACCGAGGAAGAAACAGCUCAGCAGACACUACAGGAAAGUCCGGCUGACCUUAGCCUUCCAUCGUUUCCACGUCAACUACUGGAUGUCGUUCGCCAUGCAACGAGGCUUCGAAGUGACCGGCGGCCGAGUCGCCUGCAGCUCGGAGCACAAUCUCGCGUUACAUCCGAUUGACGACGGGCUGAUUCAUCGACCGCGGGCAGAAUGGUCUAUCGUGUACAUGAACUGCGAGCUGAGCGACGCAGAGAUCUGGCUGAAAAGCGCCCUGCAGGAAGACGAAGUGGAGAGCGCGUCACUGCGCCAGCCGGUCGAGAAGUGUUACUGCUUGAGCGUGGCGCGCGUCAGCUAUGGCAGGGAAGCGAUGGUUGCCGGGGUGAGUGGCGACACGCCGAUUCAUCGAUUGGUCGUGCACGAUCUGCGCGGCGCUUGGACCAAGACCAAUCGUGACGUUGCCUUCGCUCUCUUCGAUUCUUUCAUCAAGACUCAGCAACUGAAAAAGAAUCUGUCGACCGCGGCGCUCAAGGGUUUUCACCGGGACAACAGCUCGACGCUUAAUCCGCACAAGAACCGUGCUGCUGCUACUGCUGCUACUGCUGCUGCUGCUGCUGCUGCUGCUGCCGCUGCUGCUGCCGCUGCUGCUGCUGCUGCCGCCGCCGUCAGACCGACCGUGGUCGAUCAGCAAGGCACCUCCACACAGGUCGUAACGCCGUCGUCCUCCGCCGUCGUGAAGCCGCAGCAAGGUGAGGCGGCAGGAAUGUUGCAGAGACUGAUAGCAGAGGCCACGAACAAACCUGUGGCUUUCAGCGACGAUCUAUCGGUGCAAACUAGGGGGCAGCAACUGCGCGGGCUAGCGGCAUGUCAUCAGGACGACGUCUUGCACAAGAACUGGCUAAUCGCUCUGGUAAACAGCCAAGUGCUAUUGAAGGGCAUUGAGACCCGUGGCUACGUGAUUCUGUCGGCGGCGAAAGCGGAAAUACUACAAAGAGUUCAUCAUCCAGUUUGGAAGGAGCGAUCUCUCGUUCCGAAAACGACUUGGGUCGGCUCGUUAGAAUGCAUGCAAUACUACGCUACUGUGAGCGCAAACAUUGACGAUAACAUCGAUGAUAAUAUCAUGUGGCUAACAUUGGAUAACAUUCAAGAGAAAGAUUCUACUAUCAUAGCCGGUCUGCCGGACGUCCCAGCUCUCGUGGGAUCUGGUCAGAGCGUCGGCGGUGUGGUCAGUCAGACGGUGGGAGGCGGCGGUGGCCCUCAGCAUCAAUUGCAACGCAUAGUGUCCCGAUGCAAGUGUGAAUUCUUCUACGUUGGUUACGGUCAGACCUUGGACGUGGGCUCGGUGGAUCAAGUGCCGGCUCCGCCCGGAGAAGAGGUCAGCCCAUGGGAGAGGAAGGAUCUAACCGCGGCCGACGCGUUCACCUUGAUGCAUCACGAUCUAGAUGUGUGCACCAAUUCGUUGCAAUAUGCGAUGAUCCUGGACAUAGUCAACAAUUUGUUGCUAUACGUGGAGCCGAGGCGGAAAGAGGCCUCGGAGAGGUUGCAAAGGAUGAGAUUCCAGUUGCAACUGCAUUCCAUUGAGGACCAAAAAAGGCCGAUACAGCAAUUACAAAACACGGUACGCGGCUUGGUGGCAAAAUUGAGACGGUUGGAACGCGAGACAUAUUUGGUGCAGAAAGCGUUGGCCGACGAGUCCAGUCCGGAAUUGCUGACAGAGAUGGAACGUUUGGAGGCGAGCGUAUUCGAAUGUAAGGAACAACUUGGCGCCAAGGCCGAAGAAUUGGACGUUAUGUUGAGUUGUUACAAAGAAACCACCGCGCCAGCGGCUGCGUCGACUACGCUCAAGGACAAGCCGGCCGCAGUGGCCAGGGUGGCUGAGAUUUGCUUUAAACACGCACAAUGGAGACUGACGGACGCGGACGGUCAGUUGGGUAUCGCCGAUCUCAUUCUAACAAAUUUUCUUUAUACGAAAACUAGCAAGACCGAUGACUCGGUGGAACACUUGCUGGAGCUGGGAUAUGUCCGGAUGACGAAUUUACUACCGAAUCAGAUUUACACAGAAGUACUUGUACCCACGGAGCUGCAGAGCAAUAUGCCUGUAGACCGGCAAAGAGCUCUUCGAGUCUUCUGCAGGGAAAAGGCGCCAGUAGCAGGGAUUUCCGUGAAGGAACACUUUGAGAUCAAUGUAGUGCCUCUUACGAUAGGUCUGACGAAGAAAUUUUUCAAUACCAUGCUUAAAUUUUGUUUCCCUGAAAGAGAUCCGGAAGGCAUAGAGGAAGCACCAGCGCCACAACGUGAAUCGUCCUUUUACGUAGCUAUCGAGAGAAGAGACGAUGUGGAGAAAAUGAAGGAAAGAGCAGACAAGAAUAAAUUGUUCAUAUAUAUAAAAAUACCUGAAGUACCUGUACGAGUAUCGUACAAGGGAAACAAAGAAAAAAAUCUUGAGGAUGUACGUGACUUUGCAUUGGUCAUACCGACUUUGGAAUACCAUAAUGUGACAUGGACAUGGCUCGAUUUACUUCUGGCCAUGAAGAGCGAUUCUAGGCGUGUAAUAUUGAGCCAAGCCAUUAAACAAAAAUUGCAAAUAAAACCGAGAGGACCACCCGAGGAAUCUACACCGCAGGAAGAGGACAAGGCUCGUCUUUUGUUAGGUACCAGACAUCUUCCUGGGGAUGCAAGAAAAAAAAGUGUGUUUAAAUUUAAGUAAUUUAUAUACCUCUGAGGAUUUACUGUAACUAUAGUAAUUUAUUUGUUGUGAUAUUGACAUUAUAUAAACACUACGUUGCAAACUCACGUUUGAGUUUGUCAUCUAAUUAAAUUGUACCAAUAAUUUUUAAGUGUUAUAUAAAAAAAUCUUUAUCUGUAAAUAAAUUUACAUCUUUACACAUCCACACAUACAUGUACACACUCAUACAUACAUACAUACAUACACAGUAUAUACAUGCAUACUCAACAUAACGCAAGUGACUCUCUAUCGAAUACUUUUUAUCUGAAACAUGUAGCUAAUUUUUUGAGCCAGCAAUUCUCGUGGAUUUAAUACAAUAUUUGUUACAAUA